CCCCCCCCCCCCCCUUCUCUCUCUCUCACUCUUUGUCUGCUGGUAUUUUUUCUAAAGAGAGAAAGAGGGGAGGGAGGAGAAGAUAAAGAGCGUGAGAGAGGAGAAGAGGGAAGAGAGGAGACAAAUUUGAAAAGAAAAUAAAGAAAAAAAUUAACCAAAUCCCACCCUCUUCUUCCUCCUCCUGUUCUUCUCUUUCAUCUGUUUAAUUUUGAGCUAUUUGGGCCUAUUUUCUUAUCAAAAAUUUUUAUUUUAAUUCAAAAAAAUGGAAGAAGGAAAGAAAUCGUCGACGAUGUCUGACGUUGGCGCUUGGGCGAUGAACGUCGUGAGCUCCGUCGGGAUUAUAAUGGCCAACAAGCAUGUUCCCCUUUGGGAGCUCCUCUGGUUCUCGAUUGUGGCCAAUACGUCCAUUGCCGGGAUGAACUUGAGCCUUAUGCUCAACUCUGUCGGGUUUUAUCAGAUCUCAAAGUUGAGCAUGAUUCCUGUGGUUUGUGUGAUGGAGUGGAUCCUUCAUAGCAAGCAUUACUCGAGAGAGGUGAAGAUGGCCGUGGUGGUGGUGGUUCUUGGUGUUGGUGUUUGUACUGUGACAGAUGUCAAAGUUAAUGCCAAGGGUUUCUUGUGUGCAUGUAUAGCAGUGUUGUCGACAUUCUUGCAACAUAUUGUGUUUAUCUGUUAACAGAAGUGUUGGUCAUUGGAGAAUUUAGCAUUCCUGACUAUUAUGAGGCAUUCUGGAAGGAGUUGGAUGGUGUCAAGCAAAUCUGGAAGAACAGAAAGCAAAUCUGGAAGAACAGAAAGGAACUCAAAUAGAUUAUUAAUCAUGUAUCGAUGAAUUACAUUCUUUCCUAGAAGUGUCAUAGCCAUUGUAAAUAAUUUAUGUAAACGUUUGUAAAUAAUUUAUGUAUCUCUCUACUAUUUUGGUGAA